UCGAUAAUAUAGCUGGUGUAAAUCAGCUGUUUUUAGAAUAUCAGUUUAAUUAGCGAGGGGAAAGAAAUUAGAUUAAAGUGAAAAUGUUCUCGCCAUUUGUACGUCGCUUUUCUAUAUUUGCAUUAAGAAAGAUUCCAUCAAAAAAUGCAUUAGGUGGGAAUAAUUUGGUAAAUAAAGUGGCAAUUACGAACGACGGCGCCGUUUGUGUCGCAUGGCAUCCUGAGGCAGAUUUUCCAUAUGAAUGUUCCGAACCAAUUCCAUAUGCUAUUAAUGAUCAGAAUAAAACAUUAAUUUCAGACAAAUGCAAAGAAAAUAUAAUAAGUGCUUUCAAAACAAAGACACCUGAAAUAGCUCGUCAAGAGCUUAUGCAACUCACUUAUACCACAAAGCAUCGUUGGUUCCCGAGAUCACGCGAUAAACGUGCAAAGAGUACACCAAUGGACCGUCUUUAUUUGUAAUAUAUAAUGUAAUAUUUUAUUUUAUUUAUAUUCAAAUAUAUGAUACUAAAAAUGUCUAAUCCA